AUGAUCAAGCAUAAAUAAUUUAAAAAAUAAUUAGCGUAUGAGAUAAAAUAAAAGAACAAUAGAAAAAUUGUGCAAAUGAACAAGGAAUAUUAUCAUAAAAUUUUGAAUUAAAAAUAAAAUAUUUAGAAAGAUUAAAGACCAUACUUGAUUCCAUUUCCUUUUUUAAUUAAAUAAAAAAGGAAUUCCAGAAUAAAACUAAUGAAAAAAUUGAAAAUUUAGAAAAGGAUAUAAAUGAGGUUGAAUAUAGAAAAUAAAUUUUAGUGUAAUGAAAAAAUUAAAGGAAUUCAGUUAAAAACCUUUUAAUCAAUAUUACUUAAUCCAUAUCAGCCUUAAUUUAAUAGUAAUUAUAAAUUAGCUGCCUAUUAAGUAAUUAAACCCAAAGUAGUCUCAGGUAACCAAUUUUCUUAUAUUAUUAGCUUCUUAAGGAGGAUUUGGAUUAGCUGUAAUGAAACCUCCAUUAAGUAAAGAUAAAGUAACAACAUUCGCUUUUACAAUAAAUGUAUAAAGUUAUAUCUUAUUAAGAAAUACAAUAAGUGGGCAGGAAUUGGAAUUUGCCAUUUGUAAACAGCUUAAGGUUUUAAUUAUGAUAUGAAUGAAAAUUAUUCACAAAAAAAUCACAAUGUUUACAUAACAUCUACUGGGGGAUAUAGAAUUUCCAGUUAUUAAGGUUAUAGUAUUGAUGAAUAUAUAUUUUUAAGAAAGUAGUAAUGA